AUGACAGACAAAGUGUUCCAAGAACUGCUCUUCGAAGAUAAACAACUUAGAUAUGCACUCAACGCCCGAAAUAAUUACAAGACGGAAACAACACAUAACGUGAUGAGUAGUGACAAUGGGGUAGGUACGAAAAGGCACAUUGUCAGUGUGGAUGAUAUCUCUAAGAUUAAUUAUGAAAUGGUGAGGAAUGUUCCAGGGAACUUCAUUGUGGCUAAGGAUGAGAUGAAGAAUUCCGUGGAGGGAGAUGUCAAUAUGAUGAAAUUGAGCGUAUACAAGGAUAAUAUCUUCAGUAUGAAUGACAAGUUUGCUGAAGAUGUCAAUGAUAAGAUUGUAACGUUGGAUGACGGUCGGAGAAAGGAACAAGAAAGUGAGACGAAAGAAGGAAAAGGUGAAGGAGAAAACGAGGAACUACUGCAGGAACAAGUGGAAUGGUUACUUCAGAUUCAAACCAAUUUAAUUAAAGAAUACAAGAUUUCUCAACAGGAAGAAAAAAAAUGGUUUCUUUUAAAGGAACUACUAUUAGAUGCAAAUAUAGAAUUGGACUUAUUCAGCGCACAGAAUAAUAUUACCAGCACAAUUGAUCUGGGAAUCAGGGAAGAUGGAACCCAUUCACCAAACAAUAUUCUUCUAUUCAAUAGACCAAAAAGAAGGAAACUGAAUCAGGAUGAACCAUCGAAUAUCAUAUAA